AUGCUUUAUGGAUUCACUCCGCUUCCUGAUUGCAAUGAUCCAGAGACAUUACAAAACCAGUUUCUUUCACAUAAUGAGACAUUUGAAGAUUGUAUGAUUACAAGACGAAAAUACAUCUCUGGCCGAGUAUAUCUUGCUGUGUCUGUUCUUAACGCAUUUUUCAUUAUUAUGACGACCCUCUUACUUUUAUACUGCGCAGCAAGUCCUUCAAAGGACAGUAGAUCAUCAUCUGUCGAAUUGAAUUCGAAAAGUCGUCUUAGACUGGCAUUCAAAAAAUAUUCUCUGCAAAAGAAAUCGAUUGCCUGUGCUACAAUGGGGGCAUUUGGGCAUUUGAUUUUUAGCAGUUGUGUAUUGUUAGCUCAAGCAUUAAAUUCAAUGGUUGCUUGUUACCUCAUCCUCUAUGGCUCCGUCGUCGGAUUUUACACGUGGGUAUUUGCGUUUUGCACAAGAGCAUACAGGUUACGAUACCUUUUUCGAUUGAACCAAUUUAAAGUCAAGUAUUCACGUAUGUCGGAAGAGGAGAAGCUGACAUGUUUAAAAGACAAGAACUAUCGAUGGUAUGUGACACAUAGUCAAAAGGACCUGACAAAAGUAUUACGGAUACCAUUUCUGGUCUAUGCACUCUCACUUGUCAUCAUUCUCAUCAUUACCAUUCCAUCCAAUCUACACGCAGUUCAAACUUUGCAUUCCUGCAACACGACAUGGGGUGCAUCCGUCCUCUUGGGCAUGUUUGGGUUCUUUAUUGCUUUCCUUUCUCCCCUUAUCAUUUACUGUCUCAAGGAUAAUCCAGAUGCACACGGCAUCCGAACAGAACUCUGGAUUAUUACCUUUUUUGGAUUUCCACUCUUUUUACUCUAUGCUGUCUUCUUUUUCAAGAUAACCCCCGUGCAAGCAGAUCCUACCAAAUACAUGUCCCGUGUGUUUGCACCUGCCAAUUGGGUCGUAUUCUUUACUGCUGUAGGUCAUGUUGUCUCCGUCGUUGUGCCUUUACUGCAGUACAUGCCUAUUCGCAUACCAUGUAUAAGACAUAUCUUUUUUAUCAAACGGCGGCGAGCAUACGCAAACAGUUCAACAGAAAACUUUGAUAUUAGCCGAUUGGCUCCUAGACCGACUUCUUCAAUGUCCAUACCCCUCGAACUCACUAUGGAAAGCCUUGAACGUGCUCUGGCCGAUCCGGACCUAAUGCAUCAGCUACAAGACCUUGCUAUUCGAGACUUUAGUUCUGAAAACCUACUGUUUUACGAAAAAUACUUGAAUCUCGUAGAUAGACUCAAAACUGAAUGGUGCAUUCCGUCUGUGUCGUAUAGAUUUGACAAAUCAUCGUUGGCUGAGAAUGACUAUGGAGGUAUAUUGCAUAGGCAUAUUCCGGACAAGCUGUUACCUGAUUUUAUCGACUUUUAUGAACAAUUCAUUCGAGUGAAUGCUCCUUUCCAAGUAAACAUUUCGUACAAGGCUCGUAACACUUUGGACGAAGCGUUCGAUAAGCUCUACAGAAAGAAUCCCAGUCUGAUGGCCUGCCGGAGGAAUACGAUCAGAGUAAAUGACCGUGUCUAUGAUACACAUAUGUUUCCGCUCGGUAAUAUGUAUACAAGCCCAACCAGCAGGCAUAGCAGUAGUAUGAGCCAUACAAAAGAUACCUCAACUGCCAUUACUCUCGCUCUCUUUGAGACAGCUCGAGUAGAAGUGUGCUGGAAUGUAUUCAACAGUGUUUACCCAAAAUUAAUUGAAAUAGACAAUUAA